UUGCUGUUGCUAUUGCUGCUGCUUAUCUCGAACACACAGUUUUUUAUGUAAUUUUUUUUUGUACGUUUCGGGUUUUAUUGUGUAUUUAUAAUACGAAACUUUAAAUGGGAACACUGAUUCCCCCCCGUUCAUUCAUCAGAUAACUCCCAGUUAUUUGCGAAUAAUGUGUGACAUGUAGCACAAUUCUGCAGGACCCCCCAAAAAAUUUUUGGGCGUGUUGUGUGUGUGUGUGUUUGUUUUGUGUGCGCGUGUGUGUGUGUGUGUGGAUACGGAAUCGGAAUCGGUUUCGUAAUGCAAAGACGGCGUUAUGGCACUGCAAGGCUGGCGCUUUUUCGGUGUCUCGGCAACCAUCAUCAUCUACAUAGGCGGCGUCCUGUUCCUGUCCAUGAACAACAUACCCGGAUCGCAUCCCAAGAGGCCAAGGAUCGAGCGCUUUGCCGAGUUUCCCAGCUUUCAUAGCCCGCGUUUUCCGAUGCCCAGCCGAAAAAUGACGAUACGCUGGUGUCGUGACCUCAAAUAUAUAAAUCGAGAUCUUCCAAAUUACACGGACUACAGGGCCGAUUUUUUCACCGCUCUGCCCAGCAGCGACCUUAGUGCCGCCCUUCAAUCCCUGCCGGCUUUGACCGCCCUGGCCAGUUUUCCGGGCAGCGGGAACACCUGGCUGAGGUACUUGCUCCAACAGGCGACGGGGAUCCUGACGGGCAGCAUAUAUAAGGACUACGGCCUGCUGAAGACCGGCUUCCCGGCGGAGAACGUGUGCAACAGCUCAGUAUUAUUGGUGAAGACCCACGAAUGGGGCAGCAAGGCGUGGCAGCCCUUCUCGAAAGCAAUACUCCUGGUCCGGGACCCGGAGAAGGCAAUCAUAGCGGAGUUCAACCGCCAGAGUGGCGGCCACAUAGGCUUCGCCUCGCCGGACCGCUACAAAAGGACUAAGGGAAAAUAUUGGCAGCAAUUCGUGAGCAAUAAGCUCAAGGGCUGGGAGCUGAUGAACCUCAGCUGGGCCCGCAACUUCACCGGCAGCAUCAAGGUUGUGUUCUACGACGACCUGGUCCACCACACCGAGCGGGAACUACGCUCUAUCCUGGAGUUUCUGCAGUUCCCAGUCGACGAGCAGCUGAUGCGGUGCGCCAUCAUGCGGAAGGAAGGUAUCUUCCGACGUAAAAAGCGGCUGCUCUCCUUUGAUCCCUACACGGAGGCGAUGCGGGCCGAGGUGCAGGCUCGUCGGCGUAUCGUCUACGGCCUGCUGGGGCGGCAGGACCAAGAAUAGUGCAACGGAGAGGCAGGAUACUGAACAUUCAAGCACCCGGACCACCAACUCGCGCAAACACAAGGCACAAAGCAAUCGGAAUUGCAGCAGCACAGGACUCAAGCUAGCCUCAACCCCCAACACGAUCGAGUAGGACCAUAGAUCUCAAACCGGACAGGAUCCGAUCCUGGAACCUGGCAGUCCGGCAAUCCCCCCGAAAAGUCAUUGCGCAUCUUUUCCAAUCCUUUGAUGUUCGCUUGCCACAUUAGCUAAUUAUCCUUGUUCUGUUUUUGAUAAAAGUAAAUUUAGGACGUAUCCUUAGGUUGAUAUUGACAUACAAUAUAUAUAC